CGUCUAUAGAAACACUAAAAUUUAUAGAUGUGAAUUUUUCGUCUACUGUCUUUGUCAACAUCGAAUUACAACUUUGCAUAGUCACUGUGGUAUUACUGUACCUAAAUUAUUAUUUAAUGUCUUAUUAACUCACAGAUCAAAUCUUACUAUCUAUAUUUGUAUUGUGUUCUAAUUUGAUUUCAAAACUGUGGUUGGUUUUAGAUACCAGAUUGCAAAAUUAUACAGUACAGGUCACAAAUUACAAAUAUAAUGAAAUGUUGUUUUGCUCAUUAGUUCCACCAGUUCCACAGAAACCGCCAUCUGUCCUGAGCAAUGAAAACGGUCUUUUACGAAUUGACCUAAAUUUUGAAGAAUAUUCAGGUGAUGGACCAAUCAAAGCUGUACUCCUUUACUACAAGAGAAGUCUGUCAAGAGCCGACUGGCAACAAUACUUAGUCGAAGAAAGUUUGGAAAAUAGCGAAAUUGUUCUGACAAGUGUGCUACUUGAAUAUGAUACGGAAUAUGAAUUUUGCGUAGCUCUCAAAAGGCCUGGGCCUGGUGGAGAAGGACGAAAAGGUCCAUCGAUGAGAGCCACAUUAAGCUGUGAAGAACCAUCUGUAAAACCUGAAGUCACUUUGCAACCAGUGAGCGAAGAUACAAUUAAAGUUACAUGGAGUUUCGUGCCUUCUCACAAGAACAUGAUCAUUACAGACUUCAUUAUUUCCUACCGACCAUCUGGAUUGAGGAGCUGGAAAGAAAAAAUUGUUCCAAAAACAGACGUAAAUCAAUAUUUGAUUACUGGUCUGCAAAUGGGCACACUACACUACUUCAGAAUGUCAGCAGUAAGCUGCGGGGGAACUGGUCCGCAUUCUACAAUGCAAAGUGUCAAAACGGAAGAUGGGGGUAUGUUCAUGCAUACGAAAUCAUUUGAGAUGGCUCUCCUUUUGUGUUUUGUAUAAAAAAAACUUUUUGACAUUUUCACUGUAACUUUCUGCAAUUGUAUCUAUAAGUAAUUAGCGUAGAUUCAAUAUGUGAAGUUGUAUAUCAGUUCUACAUAAGCCUUUCAUUUAUGAAACCCAAACAAACUUUUUAGGAUAAGCAGUUAGAAAAUUCUCCAUGUGAUUCACACCUUGAAUCUAGGCAAAGUUACAAAGUUGAUAGAUGUACAUGUAAGUGAACAGCCAGUAACGGAAGCCGGGAUUUCUGAUAACACUAGUCCUUCUUCAGUAGCGAGU